CCAUCCCUAGUAUGCACCUUCUCAAUUUAUUUCUUGUCUUCUAACAUCAGCAUCAAGACGUUGACGAGGGCAAGGAAGGUGGAAUCGCGCCGGCGAGUCCACCGUGUGCGACGUGUGCGCAGUGAAACGAACGGGGCGACCUGCGACGGGAUUGCCUGCAUCCCCUCGAGUGGCUUCGCGGAGGGUGGGUUGGGUGGUAGGUAGGCCCGACUGGUGGCCUGGCGUCGUUCUCGCCACCGACGUCGCGUCGUGACACCGACGUUCACGUUUUGUCGUACUAUCGACUCGAGCGAGAGCGAUGUAAAACGCAUAUGCUAUCAAUCGCGCGACACGCAACACACCUCGCGACGUACACCUGACGUGGGGGAUCGAUGUUCAACGACGAGUCGCCUCUGGAGAACGGGCGCGUGAAAGGGGAAUGAAUCGGUGCGUCCCUUGAGCUAAGAAUAUUACUGUAGGAAGAAAUCUUUAAAAAGAAAGAAGACUCAAUAUACACGUGCAUAUAUAUACAUAUAUACACACAUACGCACACGUACAAAAUACAUAUAUACAUUUAAACAUAGGCGGGGUGGACGCGUGUUAUAAAACGUAGAAUCGAUACUAGCGAUGAGAAGUUCUGCAGAGUGAGAACGUGAACCAUAACAUUUUAGGAAGAGAAGGGAGCGUGUACAUGCUCGUGCUGUAAAGUGAUUAUGUGGUGGAUGCAGCUCAAACGAAGUGUCGUCGAGGGUGAAUCUGGGUCAUCGUGAAUGGAUCUCUCAUCGACGAAUAGAACGAACAUUUUUUUUAUUCUACCAAAGUAAACGGGUGAAAAUUUGACUCCGACUCGCGCCGGAGUGGAUACAAUUGGGUGCAUUAUUGAGCACAUUGGAACUGGAUUUAGGUCAGUGAAGUGUGUUUUUAUCUACGAGAGCAAGAGGACGCAGAAAACAACGUCGGACGUUCGGAGAACCGUAUUGUACAUCCCAAGAUUAAAAUAAGCCUUUCUAAAAUAAAUUCACAGGAUGUACAGUGAAAGACGCGAAAGACCAUUAACUACAUUUAUUAGUGACAGUUACAAGUAAUAAUUACAUUUACUCGUAAUAACAUUAAUUAUCACGUUAUUUGAUUACGAUAUAUCGUACAAAUGGCGCGGGAUAAUCAGCAGAGAAGUUAACGCAGUGAAAAUAGGACCAAGACAAAUGAUAUCCACUGUAACGUUCGUCGCGUCGAGAUAGCGACUCCUUUGUAUCAUCCUCCGAGUACAAGGACACACUGGGUGAUUAGUAUCGACGGUAAAUAAUAUGGCGCGUGUUAGUCCGCAGUUGAUGACGUCAAGGAGCGAAAGGGGCAUGUAGACGGUUCGAUGUGAAAGAGGCUGGGCAACGAAAGUGGAUACAACGAAAUUUCCCAAAGGACGGAAAACAAAUUUCCCAAAGGGAAGAGGCAUCGGCGAUCGCGUUGCGCAAAUAGGGGUGAGAAAUGGGCUCUCGCGGCGAUCAUAAUAUAUAUAAUAAAAACUUUCCCAAUAAUUUGUAAAUUAGAGAGUGCACGCGUCAGCUGUUUCGGAAGAAUUCCACUUCCGAAUAGAAAGGAGAUAACUCCUCGUUCGUUAUUUCGUAAAAUUAGAGUGAGUUCAUCUCCCGGUACUUUUUUUUAAAUACUUUAACACUUCUACAAAUAACGAAACUUGAGCACUGUGAUAUUUUAAAGAAUAUUAACGAGCUUUGUACGAGAAGAAAGGAAAGUGAUACGAUCGAUCUUGCGUUUUUUGAGAGAAUCUUUCCCUCUCAAUUUUCACAGACAUUUUCAGAAUUCUUUUUAUACUUACGCAAAAUAAAUGUGGAAGUUUCUUUCUUAAGAGAGAAGAUAAUCUUCGAGCCAAACGUAUUGAUUUUUCACUUGAAAGACUUCAAAUCUCAAUCCUAUCUCAAUAAUAGGACGGUAACACCUAAGAGACAACUGUAAAGAUAAAUCAAGAUAAAUCCCAGAGGGAUAGAGAGACAGAGAGUUCCAAAGCGUUCCAAAGGGUUGCAGUGUACCAAGUGCAGGGUUGGCAAGAGGGGCAAAAGUGUUGAGAAAGAGAGAGAUCGAGACAAGUGGCCAUUUCUCGAUUGAGAAAUAGAGAUAUCGCCGGAGAAGCAGCAUAGCAGGUUGAUACACACAAAGUGGGGACGUUGUAGAAAUGGGUUAAGAGUGUCUUGACGAUGGCAGUGUGGCAGCUUCUACUUAACGUGUCCCACGUUGAAUUGUGCGAGAAAUCGGUACGCGCGUUACAUCGGACGCUAUAAGUGCGGGGAUUAAUAGAGGCGGAUUCUUUCUUGGAUGGGAGAUCCUAACAGUGCUGUUGAUGCAACGUUGAUCAAAUUGUGUGGUUUUUGUGACUUGACGAAAUUAACUAAAGUUACAGUCGAAUUAAAUCUUUAAAUAACUAUUUCUAUUAACUGAUCCAAUAGAAGAUAAUAAAAAAUUCAUGAAUUAAAUUGAUUUAAAUUUCAAGUGACACGAACUGUAUUUAGCAUCUUUUUUAUUCCAUCGUCGAUUAAAAGUCCGUAAAUUAUUCUAGAUGUUGAGAAUCGUUUUCUAUUCCUGUUCUGAACUCUGCACUAGAACUUCCCUUCUUGUUUUCGCUGAAUUUCAGGCAUUUAUCUAUUUGUAAGUGUACUAGUUCAACUAUGAAAACACAAACCUUUAAUUUCAAGAGAACAGAAUUUAAAAGAAAUGCAGUGAUGCCAAAGAACUAGUUUAUACGACUUAACAAACUCGAGAUCAUCGAAAAUACAACGAGAAUCACAACGAGGUACACUAGCUCGCUGCAUGCGGCGGUGCAUCGCGCGAGAGAUGCAUCGUUUAUCGCGGCACAAGCGUAACCGGUCGUCGUCCACGUGUUGAAAACUAGAAAUCCGUCAAAUGUGAUCAUCGUGUCAUCACCGCCGUUUCUCUCAGGGAAACGUAACCGUCUUCUCUCGAGCCGUGACAAAUUCAACAAUCUGACAAUCUUCAAUCAUUUUUUAUGGUUUACGGAUUGCACAGAGUCACAGAGUCAACAACCAUCACGGGGAUCGCUUGGCUCUACAACAUCACCACUCAAGGUGAAAUGAGUAGCAGUGGUGGAUUGGGUGUCGGCGUCGGCGUCGGCGUCGCCGGCGGGCCGGCCCUCGCAGCCGCCCAGCAGGGCCAAGGAGUGGCCGCCCUCAUGGUGAUGCUCGCCGUUCUGUGCUUCAUCUUCGCGUAUUGCUGUUGGGGUGCGCCCUUCUGCCGAUCCCUAUGCCGACGGCAUUGCUGCUGCCGCUUGGAAGAUCCCGACCCGGAUCCGCGAUUCGGCGGCAGCGAUCAAGCCAUGGUAGCGACGCCGACGAUCAUCCUCCUGCCGCAUGGCAGAAUGCUCGUCGUCGACGGCACAAUUUUCACUCAGUUCCAAACUGAUCCCACAGGUUUAGACUUGGUGGAGCUUGGCGAUAGCGUGCUGCGCGCUCAGAGAAAUCCGCGAAGCGUAAAUCGUCACCAGUUACAAAACAGUCAAGGCAGUAUCCUCGAAAUGGAUGCCGAGACACCUAGCAAGGACAGCUUGGAUUCCGUCGGAUGUUUCCCGCCGCCCACCUACGAGAGUAUUUACGGUAAAGAGGAAACCGACAUGCCUCCCUCUUAUUCCGACAUUCUUCUACACAGAUUCGCCAAUCUACCGCAUGACAUUGACAUGCACGGCUACGGCAAGGAGGAGAUCGAGAUGCAGAGUCUAGACAACUGUCCGCAUAUCAUUGGUAACCCGUUGAACUCGAUACCCGGCUAUCACCCUUACGCCACGGUGACGAGCCUGUCCAGUCUACAGACCUACCCGCGACGGAACGUUUCGCGCAAUCCGUCCAUUAUCAGUAAUCCGCUGGACAACUUUUACGUGGACAACGAGCUAAGCCUCUAUCGGCUCAGUCGCGAGGCGGUGCCGCGGGUCUCCAGUAACGACGCGAACCUCGAGACCUUCCGCGCGUCUCACGACGAGAUGUCGUUCCGCGUUCCGCUCGACGAGAACGAGAACCAUCGGCACGCGAGUCGUAACAAUUACCAGGUCGCCGGUAACGAGCUGAUGAACACGAGAAAUCGCGCCCGCAGCGCUUCCAGGUUGAGUCAGGACAGUCGCAGGAGUUCGUUGAAUCGUGACGUGGAUCAACAUCAAAUUUUCGUCAGGUUGCCCGAAGAUGCCGCGCGUGAUAGACGUAUCGAUGAGGAUCAGCGAUCUCGAGCGUACCGCGAAGAUCAGAACGCCAGGAAUCUGCACCUAGAUCAUCCCCAGUUGCAAGACGAGAUCAAUCGCAACAUCGUCGACGACGAUCCCAGGUAUUUCGCGAGAAACAGGCGACUGGAAAAUGAAGAUAGGAAUCAAGACGAAGCCGGGGGAAUCCAAUAUGUCGAUGAAGAGGCGAACAAUUUCGGCGCGCUCGCUGAUAUUCGUGAGAGCAGAGUGUAAUCCAGACUUUUUAAUUGUGUAUAAUUCUUUCGUGUGAUUGUUGAAAAGGGCUUAAACCGAAUAUCGUUAAAUUUGUGUUGUUUAAAAGUACGUAGAAGGUUUCGUCUGAUUCUUUCAAAUAAUAAGACACAGUUUAAAUUUGAAGAAAUACUUUUAUGGCCACAAAACAAUUUUUAUCUUUAUCAUUUUUAUUAGGAUUUUUACUUUAUUGAAAAAACUAUAGCAUUUUAAUUUGUAAUUGAUGUUAAUGUCUUCUUUUAAUUUCGUAAAAAGUGAAAUUGGUUCAUGCCCUUUAUGUGAAUUUGAUAAGCGUUAUACAGUAUCUCGCGUGACGGAUAAAGAAUCCGCGACAAAUUUCUACGAUAAGUUAUUAGGAUAUUUCAAUCAUGUUCACAUACGAAACAAAUUAAUAUCGAAAAUUAAAAAUUAUGGAAAUUGAGUCGAGAAGUUAUGGUUACAAGAUAAAUAUUGCAUUGUGCAGAAAAUAUAAGAUGAUGUUAUAACUGUAUAUGUAUAUAUAUAUAUGUGACAAUAUAAUUGUACGUGACAGUCUAGUAAAAUUCAUUACACAUACACGUACAUACACAUACACACAUAUAUACACACACACAUGCAACGUAUUUCUGACAAAUGAUCGUACAGUGUGAAAUUGAACGAGUUUUUUCAACGGAAUCUUGAAAGUACAGCUCUUACAUAAAGCCAGAAAGAGAAAGAGAAAGGAGAACAAACUAAGUAAAGAAAACCACUUGUUUUUUUGAGAUAAGCAAAAUGACGAAAAAUACCAAAUAAUUUUUAUUCUCUUACAAAAUAACGCAGAUAAAGAUUUCAAUCGUACGAUAAAUUGUUACAUAAUCGAAAUCCUUCCUAAUAAAAAAAGAACAUCGAUCGCAAGAAAUUAGGGAAAGCUGAACGAUUUUUUUUUAUAUAAACGUGAGUUUACACGCGAAACAUUGUGUUGUCAAAUAUAACAAACGAAUCAUAGCGAAGUUAGUUCAGUCCGUCCAGGCUUUAACAAGCGCACUUAAGUUUUACGAGCAUCACCGAUAGCAAUUUAAUCAUGAUUAGCGGUUUCCUUCCCUUUGAUAUUUUAUAGAUAAGCUAAGCAGAUGCCAUGACCAUUAAAAAAUAGUAUGCUUCUUAUAUUAUUUAUAAUACACUCUCCUCACUAAUUUUGAAUGGUACUAUCUACUGGAUACAUCGAAUGAUUUUAGUUUAUUUGCGAAAAGUGACAGGACGAAAAUAAAUCUGUGGUAACUAAAAACAAAAAAUAAAAUAAAACUCGCAAAAAUUACACUAAAAAAAAAAAAAUAAAUAAAAUAAAGACUAAAUGGAAUGUAUCGCAUAUUAGUGAAAGUUUCAGAAACCAAAGAAAAAUCUGUAUUGUGACUAGAUAAUCGGACACAGCAAAGUAUCAAAAUGUCAAACCGAACCAAAGAUAUUUGAGAAAGUGAACAACGGUUGGGCUUUAGAUACACUUCUUACGUACACAUAUAUGUGUGAGAUAAAUAUAGAAAAGAAAUGAUAAAAGGUGUACACGUUAUCAUUGUUACCGUGUAUUAUAAGGACAAAUCACUGACCGAGAGAUACUAAGAGAAUAAAAAAAAAUUCUGCGUGAAGUAUAUAUGAUACUGUGUGCCUUCCUAGUUUUUAGAUUGCUAAACGAACAGUGUAGACACAACAGAACUUUUUGUUUUACUGAUCGAUUUUUCUGACCAAGCUCUUUUUCUUCCUUUAUUUUGAAUGUAAUAAAACGAUAAGAAGCAACUUACUUUGUAAGACAUAAUGUUAUUCUAUGGAAAAUCGAAUACCGAAUACAGACGCGAUAUCAAUAAAUUAAUAAACGAUAUCAAUAUAAAUGGUUUCCCCUAAUGAGAAACAUACUUUACAUUGUACAUAUAUAUUGUUAUAUUUAAUUAAAACAAACACUGGAUCAUAAAAAAAAACGGAAGGCAAGGCCAAUUAUACAAAUGCACAAAUUAAUAAACUGAUGAUUUGUUAUUUUUAAUUCACAAUAUUUAGGUAUAGCUCGGUGCGAAAGCGGUCGCUUGUAGUCAACAGAUAUCGAGCCUCGGUUUUAUAAGAGAUUGACUGGAAAAUUAAAGGCUAUGAGUGUGAAGAAUAUGAAGUGAGAGUAGUACUCAUUUUGAGGAUCCAGUUCAUUUACAAUUUACAAUAUUUACAUAUUUAUUCAAAGAAAUAUCAAUGCAGUUAACUAUGUACACAUAAGCAAUAUUGACAUUUUUAUGUCAGUUACAGUUAUUUAAAAAAAUUGUCAUAUAUAAAAAAAAUUCAUAGGAAAAAGAUUUUACUUUCAGUCUACGUCGCUGUCCAUGUCCUCAGGAGCUGAAGAAUCUUCUUCUUCUAGAUUCUUCUUAUCCCAGUCUUUCAACUUAGCCCCCAUGACAAAGUCAUCUCGAAGAACACUCCACAUUUUGUGAUCCUUAAAAUAGAUAUGUUUUUAUUGUUAUACACAAUUGUACAUUGCAAUGUAAAACAGAAUAUGUACCAAUAUCAAUAAACACAAUUAUAUAUGGCCUUGAUAAACG